GGGGGGGGACACAGGUCCAAACAUCUUGCCCCCACCGGUCUUGAACUUGACAUCCCCCUGCCUCCAGCCUCAUCCCGGCCUGCCAUCCUGACCCCCAACCCCUCUUCUGUGUUCUGGCCUCUGUCGGAGGUUGGGGGUCAGGCUGGUAAGGAAGGAUGAAGGGGAGGAGGGGCGGCCCGCACCCUCACAGUCUGACAGGCGCCCGCCCGUCCUCCCCACGGGACCGCACCACGGAGCUCCGGCGACGGCAGUGCCCACGGUGCGCUGCUGGCUCCUCCAUGCUGCUCCGCCUCAGGGAGGAUGAGUUCCACCCGUUCAUCGAGGCGCUGCUGCCGCACGUGCGCGCCUUCGCCUACACCUGGUUCAACCUGCAGGCGCGGAAGCGCAAAUACUUCAAGAAGCACGAGAAGCGCAUGUCCAAGGACGAGGAGCGCGCGGUGAAGGACGAGCUGCUGGGCGAGAAGGCCGAGGUGAAGCAGAAGUGGGCGUCGCGGCUGCUGGCCAAGCUGCGCAAGGACAUCCGGCCCGAGUGCCGCGAAGACUUCCGUCCUUUCCCAGGAGGUCGCUCUGGCAACCAGGCACGGACUCCAGAGCAGGUCUGA